AUGUCGCUCGCGUCGAGGUGCGUGUCGCUGUGCGCGCCCUUCACAACCGUUGCAGCGGUGCUGCUCUUCAUGAUGUCGCGCAUGCUGCGUUGCGGUAACUGGACAUUCGAGGUGCUCGCCGCCAAGAACGGCUGGGACAUGGAGACGAAGGCGAACACAUGCUUGCGCGGAGGCUUGCUGUACCUCUUCACGUCUCUGGCGUUGUGGAUCGCCGUGUUUCUCAAUGCACCUGCGCGGCGUCUGUGGAUGCAGCUGCAGUGGACCAGGAGGCGAGAGGAUGAUGGAACCAGCCGUGAGGCACUCCUGCACGGUGACGACGACUCUGCGAGCUACGCUGGUGGACGUUACGGGUGCCGCGUUUCCAAGCGCUUACAGAGCCGCACGGGCAGCGGCCGGCGCGGGGAAGUGACGGAGAUGUCAGCACUGGACUGGGGAGAGGAUGUGCGGACGACAAAGUACGCCACCGCCGCCGCCGCAGCUGGAGGCCUCCAAGCAGACGCUGAUAUGCGGAACAGCGCAGCGGCAGGCGCACCCAUGGCACACCGCUUUUCCUCCUUCCAACGUGACCUGACCGACCCCGGUGGUGGUGGCAGUGAUAACUCGCUGCGCGUCAGCGGUGACCUUGGCAGUGUGGGUGCCACACCAUCGAGCGGCCGCACCGGGGCUGGCACCGUAUCGUGGGUGCAAUCACGCGGACUGAGGAGCCGGGGAACUGGCAGUGUUGCUUCGGGCUACGCAAGCACCAGUGCUGGCGGAGGACCCCGUUUGAGCAGCAUCAGCUUUAAUGUUCUGUCUCCUACCCCCACCACGGGGGCUGACAGCAUGGACGACAUGGAUUUCAUGUCGGACGUCGAGGUGGACGGGACACGGCACUACACUACGCCGCAGGUGCGAGCAUCCGCCUGGGGAUUGCACCGUCCAACAACGGGCACAGAAGCUCCUAGCGGAGCGGGAUUAGGGGGCUGGCAUCGCGCCCAGGCACGGGGAGCUGGUAACAAUGGUGUGCCAGCGACGGAACGUGGUGAUCAUAUGCACAGCGGCUCUGCUGAGCCUUCUACAGCUGCGGCGCGGUUGUCGAUGCUCACCAGCCUUUGGCAGACGAGCAGCUCCGGGUCAUCACUGCCUGGGGCGCAUCGAGCAAGUGGCAGGCGGGUGGGCCGUGGCCAUGGUCCACCCGCCGCACUUCCUGGUGGUAGCGGUGGUGGCGGAGCAAAGAGCAAGAGUACUUGA